CUUCUUUCAGAAUGUCUUCAGGAAAGGCUUACAUUGGGAAACCAGCCCCAGACUUCCAGGCUACAGCUGUAAUGCCUGAUGGGCAAUUCAAAGAUAUCAAACUUUCCAACUACAAAGGGAAAUACAUUGUGUUCUUCUUCUAUCCACUUGACUUCACCUUUGUCUGCCCCACUGAAAUCAUUUCAUUCAGUGACCGGUCUGAUGAGUUUAGAAAAAUCAACUGUGAAGUGAUUGGUGCUUCUGUUGACUCUCACUUCUGUCAUCUUGCCUGGAUAAACACACCUAAAAAACAGGGAGGGCUGGGCAGCAUGCAGAUUCCCUUGGUGUCUGACACAAACCGUGCAAUUGCUAAAGAGUACGGAGUACUAAAAGAAGAUGAAGGCAUUUCUUACAGGGGCCUCUUUAUCAUUGAUGAUAAGGGGAUCUUGCGCCAGAUCACAAUAAAUGAUCUCCCUGUUGGCCGCUCAGUUGAUGAAACACUCCGGCUAGUUCAGGCUUUUCAGUUUACAGACAAACAUGGAGAAGUGUGUCCUGCUGGCUGGCAACCAGGAACCGACACCAUCAAGCCUGAUGUUAAGCAGAGCAGAGAGUACUUCUCCAAGCAGAAAUAAAUAUCCUGUGUGUCAUGUUUUGAACAAGAAAUAUAUUUCUGUAACCUGUAUAAGAGUAAAAGCAGAACUGUAUUUGCCAUUCUCUUGUUUAAAGAGUAACCAUUUUGUGAGCCAAUUGGUUUAUGGCUGCAAUUUAUAAGCCGUUUAUUCUGGAGCGGUCCAGUUGACUUUAGUAAGAUGGCUUUGGAGUAAAUCGAUUGAAACCUAUUAGCUGUAGCUAUGUGUUGACCAAUUCUGUUGAUCUGAACCAGACUAAAGAACUUACUCCUUAUGCUCAUGUUGGAUAACUUAAGGACCAAUGCCAGUAAGUGAUUGGCUUGCUGAUGCAUGUAUUACACAUGUUUGUUUUGGUAUUUUGUACUGUCAUUAAACUUGUGCAAAAAAUA